CAUGACGUCUGUGAUUUUCAGGUCCGAAAGUCGGGGCUUUAGAAAGAUUCCUGAUUCACAACAACUGAGAACUUGGAAUUCUCAGACUUCCGAGCGUUUCAAACAACUGGAAACUGGGAAAACGAGUUUCGACUGGCAAAAAUGUAUUUGAACGGUCAUCCAACUUGGAAUUCCAAACCCGAAACCUGGCAUCUUUUUAGAACUCUGACUUUACAACCUGAAGAUCACUACGUCAUGAUGUGAAGUUUAACUUGGAAUUCCGAGUUGGAUGACAGUUCAAAAAUAGCUCGGUUUUUUCCGAGUUCACAAUUGUCGUGAACGCACGGGAGUCGAAAGUCGAAGAUUUCCGUCUCAGUGAAGUUAUUUACGGCCACAGUGGUUAUCUUAACUAACGUUAGCGGGUUAACAGAACUCAAAUGGACUGAGAUAUGCGGAGCAAAUAUCACACAAGAAAGCAAGUUCAGGCAUUGCUCUACGAAGCCCCGCAAUUGGGAGGAUGUUCCCCGGCCUGGCACAGAGACUAUGGCAAGUCUUCUGCAGGGUCUACCGGCAGCACAGAACCCCACUGUCACAACGACCCCACAGGAUUACCCGAACAUGCGACGGGUGGCAGAUUGGAGGGAUGCACAAUCCGUGGUUCAGCCUCCCUGACUUCCGUGUAGCCAAUCUAGCAACCAGCCAUGUCCAGUACUAUUCUACCUCCAGCAGCAGUAAGGAUGGCCCUCCACAAGGACCCAACAGUCCGCCUGCUGUGGAGAAGGUGCUAGCUGGGGCUGCACAACCCUCAGACUCUCCAGGGUCAACAACACCCCAAGGUCUGACAAAAACUGAGACCAUUCAAGUGAAAGUGCGGGCUGUGCUUAAGAAGAAGGACUAUGGAUCCAAGUACACCCAGAACAACUUUAUCACUGCAGUCAGAGCUGCGAAUGAGUUCUGUCUCAAGCCAAGAGCUCUAGAUGUGUGGGGAAGUCCUGAAGCCCUUGACAGAGAGCAGAAACUCAGGAAAGUGGAGGAGAGGGAGUAUGAAGAAAAUAUUUUCCAGAAUCAGCAGUUGCUAAAGGAGUACAAAGAUUUCUGGGGAAACACGAAGCCCCGAUCAGGCAGCAAGAGGGCGACAUUUUCACAAGGGCCGGGGAAGGUUGUGUUGGUGGCCAUAUGCAUUAAUGGACUGAAUUUCUUCUUCAAGCUCCUGGCUUGGGUGUACACUGGAUCAGCCAGCAUGUUCUCAGAGGCCAUUCACUCCCUGGCUGACACCUGCAACCAGGCUCUUCUUGCAAUCGGCAUCAGCCAGUCUAUCCGGAACCCUGACGCUGUCCACCCAUACGGCUUCUCCAACAUGCGCUACAUCGCCUCGCUCAUCAGUGGCGUGGGCAUUUUCAUGAUGGGAGCGGGUCUCUCUUGGUACCACGGCAUCAUGGGACUGCUGCACCCACAGCCAAUCGAGUCUCUGCUUUGGGCUUACUGCAUCUUGGCAGGAUCUCUGGUCUCAGAAGGAGCAACACUGCUAGUGGCCAUUAAUGAAAUUAAAAAGAGUGCUGGCCAGCAAGGAGUGUCCUUCUACGAAUAUGUAAUGCAGAGCCGAGACCCCAGCACUAACGUGGUGCUGCUGGAGGACUCUGCUGCUGUGCUGGGAGUGAUCAUGGCCUCCAGCUGCAUGGGGCUCACCUCGCUCACAGAAGCCCGCACCUUCUAUGGAGUCAGCAGGAGCAGCGACCACUCCUCUUCCCACUAUGGAAGAGCGAGUUCAACAUCACACGUCCAUCCUCCAUCGCCUAGGAUCAGCGAUGGAUCAGAUGAUGGAGAGGAUGGAUCGUUGGGAGAGGAAUGGUUUCCCUACUACUACCCCACCGACCCUCCUACCAGCAACUCUACCAUCUCCCCCAUCUGGAUCCGGUUCCAGCGCUCUGCACAUGACGCCUCCGAGGAAUUACGAUGGAGCAGCGACGGGGUGCCAGGGAUUCCUGCUGCAAUUAGACCUCUACCUGGCCACCGUUCGGCCGGCCCCCUCGGAGGAGGAGAGAGUAGGGGUCCUCAUCACCUGCCUGACCGGUAGAGCCCUGGAGUGGGCUAAUGCGGUCUGGAACGGGCCCGACUCAGCGAAGGACAACUACCCAGAGUUCAUCCGCCGUUUCAGGGCCGUGUUCGAUCACCCUCCAGAAGGUCGAGUGGCGGGUGAGAGAUUGUUCCAUCUUAGACAGGGGGACGAAGAGCGCGCAGGACUUCGCUGGAGUUUCGGACCUUGGCUGCGGGAGCAGGCUGGAACGACAGGGCCCUGAUAGACCAUUACAGGUGUAGCCUGAGAGAGGACGUCCGUAGGGAGCUGGCCUGUCGGGAUACUACGCUUAGCCUGGAUGGACUGAUAGACCUGUCGAUCCGGUUGGACCAUCUGCUAGCUGCUCGUGGACGUUCCGAAAGGGUCCUGUCAGUUCUACCUCCUGAUCAUCCUGCCCCUAUCCCGAUGGAGCUAGGAGGGACUGCGUCAAGGGAGAUCGGAGGAGGAAGCUCCUCCUGUACCAGUUGUGGCCGGAGAGGGCACACGUCUGGUCGGUGCUGGAGGAAUUCAUCUGGGAAUCGUGAGGGCAGGCAGAACACUCAUCGGUCACCCCAGGCCGGUGGUAGCUGGUCCUAUGCAGGAAGAUGAGGUUCCGGAGGUUCCUCCGCCCCCUCUAGACAUCGAGGGGUCCCCGGCGUACAAGAUACGAGCUAUUCUGGACUCGAGACGCCGGGUGAGGGGCUUGCAGUACCUCGUUGACUGGGAGGGGUACGGUCCGGAGGAGAGGUGCUGGGUCCCGGUGAGGGAUAUUCUAGACCCAUCUAUGUUGAGUGAAUUCCAUCGCCUCCGUCCGGAUCGCCCAGCGCCUCGGCCCCCGGGUCGUCCCCGAGGUCGGCGCGCUGCGGGAGCUGCGCGUCAGGAGGGGGGUACUGUCACAAAUAUUACCGAAGGUGACUCCCCUUCUUGUUCGGUUGGCGCUUGGCGGUCGUCGUCGCCGGUCUACUAGCUAUCGCUGAUCCGUUGUUCUGUGUUCGUUUAGUUCUGUCUAAUUGGUAUCACCUGUUUCUUGUUUGGUUGUUAGGAUAGGGUUAUAUAUAGUCUGUUCAGCCCGCUUCUGUUUCGUGCGGGCUUGUUCUCCUGUUUCUUUGUUUGAGUGUAUUUUGUUUGCAUUUGGGUUUCACGCUGUCCGUUUAUAUUUCUGUUCAUUUGUGUUUCCACUUUUGUACAUGUUAUGUUUCCAGGACAUUAAAGCGUGUUGUUUUUCCCACA